UAUUAGGAAGGAUUACAUCGCGGUAAGCAAUCUUGCGUUAAAAGGAACUUCGUGAACGAAAGAUCGAAUGCGGAAUUUUAUGCCCCGGUAAGCAUUGUUGAAUUUCUCAAGGAAUUCAUCAAAUGUGAACGAGGCAUAUCUGUCAAAGACCUCAUCCUAAUUACCCCGGUCGAAGGAAUAGGUUCAACCUGCAAUGACUGUGUGGAUCGAAGACGAGUCUUCAGUUUAGUGUGCAUCGUGUAAAAUUCAGAUUUUCAAGAUUUGAUCUUCAGUGCAUUAAUCAUUCAUAGAAGUUGGGAUAUCAGACAUUCAUUAUGAUGGUCAGCUAGCCCCGAGAUCUCGUUACUCCUGACGAGAGUUGUCUUGCCACACUGAGAACAAUGAGAAUGCGAAAUGAUUGACUUGGGAAAAUUAAUCGUACUUGGGAAUAUGGAAAGCGUAUCGAAUAUUUCACAUAACGGACAUGUGAUGGAACAGCUCGGGGCAUUGUAAAUAUUUUGAAAUUCCUUCGAGUGAAAGUGAUGUGCCAAUUUGAUGCCAAGGAAUAGUUUGGAACGCUCUCCCAAGCGCCGAAAUGGGCAUUUCGGUGUGGUCUUUAACUGUAAUGGGGUGUUUUUCCUGAUAGUGUCUGGGUUCAGUCAAUACUGACUUACCAAUGGAUUUUCUCACGGAAUAAAAGAUUGCUUCGACUUGCGAAAAUAUCAGGAAAAAGCUAAUUAUCACGAUUCUCAGAAGUUUUUGUGGAUAAAUGUAAAAUGUACCGACUCGAUAAAACCGAUGUUACAUUCAUACUGAGAUGUUUGCCUUGCAACAAAUGGCAAGCGUCACGCUUAGCCCUAUAAAAGCAUAUGAUUUGAGCUGGAGCCAAGAUUAGUCUGUAAUAAAAUCGCCUCUGAAUGCGGGAUUACGUUUUCGUACCAGCUUAUAUAGUUCGCUUAUAUGACAGCAGAGUUAUGGAAAAUUGACAAAAGUUUCUUGUACACACGCAAUCGUUUCACAAUGCCAUCUCAACCUCGGGCAAGCUGAUUCGCCAACCAACUUAGCGACUGUAUAAACAUCAUCAGUGACUCAUCAAAUCAAAGCUGGACUGACCAGUCCACUGACCGGUACACUCCUCGUAUCGAUACAGUCCAAAACAAAGCCGCUGUAUCGAAUUAUCGACUUUCAUAUCAAAGCUCUGAAUACGGGACUUUUUCAUUGCGGGUUCGCUAUAUAUUCACGUGCAGUGCUACAACGAACGUCCAAACAAUCGCACGCGGGCUCCGGGGCUAGAAAUGCGAUACACUCUCACUUGGAAAAACGGCAGCCGACAGAAGUCGACGUUCAGCUAAUUGGAGGGGGUUUGAUAAAGGCGCAGGGAUCUAACACUGUGACGACACGGGGGAUACCAGAUCGCUUCGUCGACAUCGACAACAGUUGCCACAAUGGGCAGGCAGUGGAUCUCGCUAAGUGUGUUGUUCAUUGCGUGUACAUUUCAACUGACUGACGUAGCAGUCGGAGAGUCCUGCCCGCGGCGUGACUUGACCAACAGAGCAUGCAGAAAGGAAUGUUCCAUGACCAAACCUUGCCUCAGUCCCAAGAAGAAGUGUAUGUGUGAUGGCGCGUGUGGCAAGACGUGUGUUAAUCCAAAUCUGCGCUGUGAGGAUCUUCGCGAUAUUCCUCAUGGACGUGUAGAAAUCAUUCCUUUCAACCAGUUCGGCGCUGUUGCCAAGUAUAUUUGUGACGAUGGGUACACGCUGUUCGGAGUUCCGGGGCGUGUCUGCCAGGGGGACGAGACCUGGAGUAAAGAGGAACCACGCUGUGGACCCACCAAGGUGAUAGACGAGAAAAACGAGUGCGGCCUUCCACCCCGGGUCCACAACGCCAAGCACAGGCCCAGCGUGUCGGGGCGGAUGACGUACCCCCUGGGGAGCAUGCUGCAGUAUGAGUGCGAGGACGGCUUCACGGCCCGGAAGGAGCGGGUGGACAGGGCGUGGUGCGUGGGAGGAGGCGUGUGGGUCGGGCCCAACAUGACCUGUGCUCAAGACGCCGGCUGCCCCCUCCUCCCCGAGAUAGAGCAUGGGUCUGUCCAGAUCCUGUCUAACACCAUCGACGGCCGGGCACGAUACUACUGUGACCAGGGCUACCACCUCGCAGGCAGGGAGGAGAGGGUGUGUCUCCCUGACGGGCAAUGGGACGGCAAGGACCCAACCUGUGAAGAGGUGGUGUGUGGCCUCCCUCCUAACGUGGACCACGCGACACAUGACGCCCCCACAGACCAGAUGCAGUUCCCAGCGGGAACACAGCUCACCUACACGUGCGAGUUCGGCUACUACAGGGAGGGGAUCCCAAGGGCCGUGUGCAGCGGGGCCGAGGGCCAGUGGAUUGGGCCAAAGAUGUCCUGCAAAGCCCGGGACUGUGGUACGCCAGGAGAACUCGUCAAUGGCUGGCGUAACCCUGGUUACCGCUUCACAUUCCCCAGCCGGGUCACCUACCAUUGUAACGAGGGAUAUGAACUGAUGGGGAAAGGCUUCCGAGAAUGUCAGGCAAACGGUGAUUGGUCAGGAUCAUUACCAACAUGCAAUCCUAUCAACUGUAACGAACUGGGCCCGCCUCUUCAUGGCACCAUGAUAGGCUCGGGGACAGAGUACGGCUCCGUCAUCAGAUUCGUUUGCAACGACGGGUUCAAGGUCGUCGGAUCCAAUGACCGACGCUGUCAGUCGGACAGGGAGUGGAGCGGCCAGGAGGCCACGUGUGAAGAAAUUAACUGUGGGAUGCCGGGUCCUCUGUGGAACGGCUACCUUGACGGCCACAGAACCACCGUCGGAGCAGUGUACUUCUACAGAUGUAAUACCCGGACCAAGUUUGAUGGAGUGUCCUUCUCAACACAGUGUCUGGAAAAUGGCCAGUGGUCCCAUCCGCCACCGAAAUGUCUAGGACAGUGCCGAGUCAGCUCCAUCAAGAAUGGUACUCUGCAAUUGGGACAUGAAGGGGCGUGGGUGGACGACGGCACUAUAGUGAACUACACCUGCAACUAUGGCCUCGUCCUCAACGACACCCGGCCCGUCAACUGCAACAACGGAACGUGGACUGUGGUGCCACAGUGCGUGCCAUCACCGUGUGUAAAGCCCCCGCCGCAUAUACAGAAUGGACACCGGGUGUUCUUCGGACUGAGUCAUAACAACAAAGCUCGUUACUUCUGUAUGGAAGGCUUCCGACUCACUGGCGACAACCAGUAUCUCACCUGUAAAUACGGAGAGUGGUUUGGUCCAAUGCCCUAUUGUGAAGAAAACUAUUGCCCAAACCCAGGGGAGAUUAUAAAUGGUAAAGUCUUCAAAAAAGGCCACACGGGCAAGUUUCUCUUCAAAAGUUACAUCAUCACAAUAAAACAUGGCGACCGCCUAGAGUACGAAUGUCACCGAGGCUACAAACUCCAAGGACCGAGAGGUGCAGCGUGUGUUAACGGGAAGUGGAGCCCGGAUGAUAAGCCGAAGUGUAUAAAAUCAAGACAUCCCAUCUUCCAUCGGCUGUGGCGACCAUCCGAAGAGAAGGACAAGCGCCGUAUGUGAAGGUCAUAUCUUCGCCUUGCCUUACUACUUCCGGUUGUGACCUUUUUGGAUGAAGCGUAAACUGUUUGUACAUAUGAUUAUCUCCCCUACAAUUGAACUAUUUUUAGCAUUUUGAAACGGAUACAUUUCAUUUGCCUGUUGGAGAAUCUGAUGCUAUUAUGCAAACGAAGUAUUUUGUCUUCUUUUCCUCUCACUGGUUGCGUCAAUGGUUAUAACGAAUUCGAAGGCAAGAGAGUUUUAAGGUCACAUAAACGAUCGUGUUUCUCAACUUAAACCAAUACGAUCUUAAAGUGGUUACAUUUGAUUCCGGUUUCGUUAUAUUUGGAAUGGCUCACCAUUCCGACAUUUCGUUUUUUAAUGUAAUCCAUCCCGAUAUAAGGACAUCUUCUAUUAUCCACAGUAUUAUAUUUCACUUCCAGUUUGAUCAAUACCCUGGAUCCAUUCGCUACCAUAGAUUUGUUUAACAUCGUUGCUUUCUCUAACUUCUAACGAAACGGACUUUCUAACGGCGCUGACGAGAGUAAUUUGAUUGGACGGCUAUUUUUAGAGUCGUGCCUUUCGAAUCAAAACGAGGCUAUAGUGGCGAAUUGGUACAAUUUUUUAAAACGUAAUACACUGGAUAAUAGAGCAUGUUACCAUCGAUGCUGUUCGUUAUUUUGCAAAUCAUGAAUUUGUGCGAGGUUUUGAAACCUUAGAAACGCGCUUUAAUCAACUAUGCGCAAAUAAACUGUCGGGUAAAAGAAACUGUACACCCAUGUUUGGUGGUGGCUAAAAAUAAUUUGAUGGUGAUUUAUUUGAUACGGGUAUCAUAGUUCCGUUCUGGACCCACAGUUUGCAGUGUUUCGCGACUGUUUUCAGCCAAACAAUGUUUUGAGAACGUUUGUAAUUUUGAGGUUAAAUCCAAUUCUCAAGUGUAUACUUUCUUUUGUCCCGCGGUUCAGGUUAUUCUCAUUUACCAAGGGCCACAUACACAUACCAUAUACUUCAUAGCAUUGUUUUCAUUAAGUCAAAUGUGGAAUAAAUUUGGGAUUGUAGCCACAUCGAUCUAAAAUUAAUUCGACCUAUAUUAAUUACCUAUUAUAUAACCUAAGGCCACAAUUAACCUAUGAGUUUUUCAUUGCACAGCCAACUACUUGUAGCAAUAUGCGAGUGGCGAGUGUGUGGCAAGGCCCACAUUACCACAUUCAGACUAAAUGAAAAGGCCAACAUAACAUCUAUUGUCUCUUCAUGGUUAUUGCAUUAUUAGUUCUUGUUUGGAAGAAUAGAUAUAAGAUACAUACAUCAGCUUUUGAAUUGCCGAUGUUAGUUUCAUAAGCAUUUCUUGCCAAUUGACACAAGUCCUCACUUCUGACAAAACAUGCUACAUCGACAAACGAAAAAUCAGUUCGUUGUGGCCUAGCUAAAGUGAAACCUCCACAUUCAGUACAAUGGGCGAAAGCAAACCAGCCCUUGUGGGCGGGGAGGGGACAGGGAGCUACGGAUGAGCAUUAGGGCUAUAUUUUAUAUCUUGAAAAUUCAAAAUGCUAAUUUGAAUUUUUGACAAAAAUAAAAUUAAUUUGAAAUUAUGUUGAAAUUUAAAAAUACUAUUUUCAACAUAGUAUUUUACAUUUAAAAAAAAAUAUGAGCCUAAUGAGUUUCCGUACUUAGCAAUAUUGUUACGUGCUCCACGUGCAUAUCAUACACUUUUGCUUCACAGAAUGUAUUGCAUUACAAAUGGGACCCCACAAGUGGAGCGCUGAAGCUAUUUAUGCCAAGGAUGUUGGUAUGUUUGCUCAAAAGUAUAUAUUGAGAAAUACGUAUAUAAUUGAAUAUUUCUUAAACAGAUAAUAUUUUAUUGUGAUGGACUGGGUUUUGGUUAGAAACAAUUCCAUGUACAGGUUACAGCGUAUUAUCAUGCAAUACAUUACAUGAUUACCAGUAACUGUAUUCGAUAAUAAGUAGCUAGCGUAGUGUUCGUAGAAGUGAGUGAUCAAUGUUCUUAUUUAACUAUAUAGUUUGACAUGUAACAUUUGUCAAUCGUGUCUUGUGAUAAUUUUUCAUAUCGAAUAUGUUACAUCUGCAUAUACACUGUAUAGCGAUCUUGAGGCGCUGGUACGACGAAGUUUGGUAUGGGUCAAUAUCAUAUAUGCAACUGUAUUGUCUUAAAACUGCAUACUAAAUUAUAUAUACCAUAAAUGACGUGAUAAUAUUUAACUUUUUAAUGAAAAUAGUCCCGUCAUUCAAUGUGCAGAGUUGCUUCCCUUAGUUUGCCGCAUCAGACUGCUUGUGGGUUCAAAUCCCAGAAUCACCCAUUAUGACAGCACCACACCAAUGCUUGUGGUCAUCACGAAGUAUGUUUGUCACAUUGAGAUAAUUAAGCUGACAACUUGAAUGUGACUUAAAUACAGUUCAAGGUCCAAAUUAAUCUGUGCACAACAGCGACAAGCCUUAAAUGUGGUUCAUACUUGUAAUUCUAGUCGAUCGUUUAUGCAUUAAACAUGCGCUCGUAACAUGGACGGCCUCAUUCCCAUGCUUUCCAAGUAUUCUUUCCGUGUGUAAGCAGGUGGCGAUAUACACAGAGAAACAAAUUAAGCACCUCUUACUAUAUAUUUCCAUGUAAAAUAGUCAUUUAUGAAAUAUUUUAUGAAGGUUCCAUGACAACUGGUAUUUGACCACACCUUUCAGUUGCUGCCACUUCUUCUUUGCAUCAUGAUGUGAACCAGAGCUUGGUCCAUCGAGAAAACCAUACAUUGCUUCUUUGUCUUUGUUCCCCCAGGUUUCGGUUAUAACUCAGACACUUUAUAAGUGAGGACAAUGUCUUGUGUAAACUGAGGAGCAAAGGAAACACCACGUAUGCAAUUCAGUUGAUUUUAUCAUAUGUUUGAUUUUCAAUUGAAAAUAUCUUAAGUUCGCGAUAUUAUCUUUAAAAAAUAAACUUUACUGGUGCUUAGUCAGUACAGAAGAAAUAGUUCUACAUGGUUUUAUAUUUUGUAAAUAAUUGAUUCAAAACUUUUAUAAAGUGUUUUUAAUACGUAACUGCUGACGGAUAUCUUAGACAUCUUUUCUUUGAAAAUCAAUACAUUUGCUUUUUCGACACAAAAUUUACAAUUUAAACAUGGUAGGGGUCAAAUUCAUUACUUACCCCUGUCUUCAUUGAACCCAUUUAUUUUUACUCAAAACUACCCAGCCACAGAUUACUUUUUACAGACUGUUGCAGACAGGAAUUGGUUAUCAAAUUUAUCAACAUUUCUUUCAAUUUUCAAUUACAUAAAAAAUCAAAUCGGUAUACUUUCUUUUGCGGCUCAGUAUAUAGAUGAUGCAAAAGUUGAUACAUGGAACUAAAGAAAGUGUGAUGCUUAGCUUUUUCCCAGGUGUAUAAUUUGAACUAUGAUUCAUUGAAUUCAUGUCAAUAAGGAUUUAGUUUGCUCUUGUUUCAGAGAUCGUAAUGCCAAUCUACUCAAUAAUACCAACGAUUACGGUGCACGUGUUCUUUGGAUCAUUGGCUACUUGUUAGAACUGCACAAUAUAGUAACGUGAGUGAGUGAGUGAGUUAAGAUUUAUCGUCACAUCGGCAAUAUUUCAGCCAUACCGUGACGAGAUAAAGUUAAAAAUUGAAUUGACAACAAAUAUGUUUAGAAUGCAUAAAACCUGUAUCCGAAGGACAGUACAAUAACUAGACUAUCACAGAUUUGAGGUAAAACUAGUUUGAGAACAUGUAAAAGAAUAAACUGUCAGUAAACCGCUAUUGUUGGAUAUUGUCAUAUGUUCAAUACUUUGUUAUCCAUUUACAACACGUUGUUAGAUAUUUUGUUGACGCAACAAUAUAUAACAAUACAUUUGUUGGCUGUUCUCAGAGAACAAUUGAUGCAUCUAACACGCAUAUUCCAGAUCAGUUUGCGAUGAUUUGCUGUCACCAAUUCCAGCAUCAAGGCCGUAGUUAACUUUUUUUGACAGGGGGUGCAAAUAUUUGUACAAGUAUCACUUGUCAUCAAAUUUUAUUUUCAUGAUUCAAAUUAAACUGUUUUCUAUAAAAAAAAUUCCCCUAUCAAACAAAAUGGCUGGACCUAAAUUAAUAACGAACGUUUCGGGAAACAUUUUAUGACACUUCAGUUUUGAUCAUUUCUCCUGCUUUGUUUGUUUGUUGUUUAACACCGCACUCAGCAAUGUUUCAGCUAUAGUUAUGAAGGCUCUUCCUGCUUUAGCGUCAUUAACAUUCGAAGCUCUAUAAUUUCAAUUAUUGAAUGUUGUUAAUAUUUAAAUAAUAUUUUCUCAGUUUCAUCUAAACUCGGAUAUCACCGUGAUCACUUUGGUAGUUCAUAACUGGAAUAUAGAACAUACUUGCCCCUGGGCGUGCCUCGUCGUAGUGUCCAUCUUUCUAUUUAACAUAUAUCCAUACGUUUGCAGCAAAACUUGUUGAUAGACUCGUUUAGCAUUUACUAUUUAGGUUCUAUGAGUUGUUUUCAGGAGGAUGUGUUAUAGUAAAUAUUGUGAUAAUAGAGUAAAACUUCAUUGGUCGAAUUCGUUAUUGACAGAAUUAUCAACUAUGAAUCAUACUAUUCAUGUUUUACUUCGCUGUGUUAACUAUGUUACGCCUUCGCAUAUUACAAACGACUAUAGAUAGAAGUGCUAGAUGGCGGUAGGUUUUGUUUGACAGCUCAUAUACACUUUUGUUCAAAUAAACCUCCCCUCGGUCGCGGCCGCAGCGCGAAUUUGACGCGAUCGUGAGCAGUGCUGUUAAAAGCCAACGUCCCCUUGAUCGCGGCCGCGGCGCGAAUUUGACGCGAUCGUUGGAACGUUUGUAAGUGCAAUACUGUUAAAUACAAACGUCAGCUCGGUCGCGAUCCGGGGACAUUUGGUUUUGACAAAAGCGAAGAUUUCGCGUGGCUGUCGUGAUCGUGGGGAUGUUUGUUUGAAAGUAGUGUACGGCAGGUUUGCUCUGUAUAACACAUUUUCAUGGACUAUUUUCUAAUUUUAUUGGAAAAAUAAACAGAUGAAAAGUGGAAAAGCA